AAUUAGCUCUUAGUAUAUUAGAUGGGUUUGUCAUGAGCAUUUUCCCCAAAUCUGACAUUUUUGAUAUUCAUUAUUUGGUAUUCCAAACUCAUGGAAAAUUUCCCCGACCAAAAUAGAAAGUAUUGAGGUAUUGAUUAUAAAGUAGUUUUUUAGUAAAUAUAUUAGAACCUAACCAUAUAAGUAUUACCUUCCUCAGAGUUGCUCAAGGUCUCCUCUAAAUAUAUAAUUUUGUUCUAAUUGGGCAUUUCAGAAUUUACAAGAAAAUUCUCUUUGUUUAUGACUGAAUUGUACCCCUUUCUUUAUGGUUUUGAAAUACUUUAAUACCUGUGAUCAAGGUGCCUUUAAAUAAUUACUUUCAUCUGUGAAUGGAGAAAUUACUGGUGUAACAAGAUUGCUGUAAUAUUGGUCAGCUUCCGGAGUAGAUAGAGAUAGAACGUGUAAUCAGUUUGUCUCCCCAGCUGAGGGAAUAUUCCUUCUCUUCUCAUUUUAUAUUUAUUGAAUUAUUUUUUAACUCCAAGAAGAAAUACAUACUUAUUGUUACUAAUUAAAUAGUGCAGGGUUAUUCAAAGAAAUCUUAAUUUUUCUUUCACUACCUCCUUAAGGAAGUUAAUGUUCACUAUUCAGUAUCUUUUCAUACUUUUUCCUUUGUUUCUACAGUAACCAUAAAUAGCUAUAUAUAACGUCCCUUUUAAUAAAAAUGUGAUUGUGCAAUACACAUUAUUUUUAUUCUUUCAACAAGUGUUCAGGGUUCUGGGCUGGGGUGGACCGUGGGUGGGAUGGAGGCGACCUUGGAGCAGCGCUUGGAAGACACAAUGAAGACUCCCUCCAUUGUUGGAGUCCCGUGCCCAGAUUCACAAGGACUCAGUCUGGGUUGCCGUGGGGCCCUGUCAGACGAGCGUGCUGGAGUGAUAUCUGUUCUAGCCCAGCAAGCAGCUAAGCUAACCUCUGACCCCACUGAUAUUCCUGUGGUGUGUCCAGCAUCAGAUAAUGGGAACAUUAUGAUCCAGAAGCAUGAUAGCUUCACAGUGGCGGUACACAAAAUGGCCUUUUGAUGGCUCGUAUCUGUUGUUCAGCAGCCUGUCAUAGGAACUCCAUCCUACCUAUGUGAGUUAUCUUGUAGAACUACUAAAGUUCCAGUAGUUAGGCCAUUCAUUUAAUGUGCAACGGGCACUUUUCGAUUUACGUAAGAGUAAGUUGCUUUUAACACUAUGGACUGACCUAUCAAGCUAUUAAUAAGAAAGGAUCGUGUUGUGAAGCAGCCGGUCCAGGUCACUUUGUAUAUAGAAUUUUGCUGUAUUCAAUAAAUCUAUUUGGAGGGGGGAAAAAAACACAAAAAACAAGUGUUCAAUGAGUGCGUAUUAAUUGUUAAGCACUCUUUUGGGCAUUAGAGGUCUAGGUGUGAAUAAAACAGAUGAGGCUUCCUACCAAUUUGUUAUCUUUCUGUCUUCAUGAUUGAAGACACAAAGAUACAAAUUAAGAAAUAAAUAGUGGCCGGGCGCAGUGGCUCACGCCUGU